AUGCUUGUCUCGUCCAGAGCUAACCUGAUCUUCCUCCGCCAUGCGGCGAGGGCGGCCGCCACGAGCAGCAGCCUCCCACACGCACAGAAGGUGGAUGGGGUCACCUUUGUCUCAGAUGAAGCCUCCGCUAGCAAAGCUCUAUCUGUGCUGAAGAGGUGCGCCGACAAGGUUGUCGCCUGGGACACCGAGACAACAGGGGUGGACCUGCGAUUGGGCCUCUUGCGCAGCGAUCGUGGCCGUGUUGUUUGUGCAACUGCCUAUUGCGGUGAUGAUGUUGACUUCGGCAACGGACCUCUAACUUAA